UUACGAAAAUUGAUUGUUGAUGAAGAACUAAAAUUAAAACGUCUACAGACUGGUGAAAUAAGUGGAUAUCGUACAAGCCUUAAAAACAAAAAACGGGAUUAUAAAAUACUGGAAGCUCAAAGAGCUUUUGCAGCUGGCAGGCUAGAUCUUGAAUAUUUCUUACGUAUGUUUACUGACAGCUGCGAAAAUUUUAUUCUGACAGAUACAGUAGUUCCUAAAGAAGGUAUCAAUCACGAACCAAAUUCAAUAUUUGAUGAAGAAGGUACACCUGAAAAAACAAGAUUAGAGACAUUGUACGAUAAUGCCGAAAGUGAUACUCAAGUUGAUGCUCCAUUCCACAAAAAUACAAACAAACUAUUAAGUGCUAAUAAAGAAGGUAACAAUCAAGACAAAAAUUUAACAUCUGCUGAAGAAGGUACACCUGACUCAAGGAUAGUAUACGAUAAUGCCGAAAGUGAUAUUCAAGUUAACGCUCCAUUCCAGAAAAAUACAAACCAACUGUUAAGUGCUAAUAAAG